AAUCGGGGAAGAUUGUAAACAAAAGUUCUGAGUACUUAGUAAACUAGGUACCCAGGUAACUAACUAGAACGCUUAAACCGUUAUCUUCACCGUACCUGGCAGUAGUGAAACCCCAUCGAGAGCUGCCUGGAAGCUACUAAUAUUAAAUAUCCCGCCUUGACCAUGUCUGCCUGAACCCACGCAGACGCCAUCAGUUAUAAAGUCCCGCGCGUUAUUAUUAUUUUGUGCCAUUCCAACUAGAAAAGUCUCCUGGUAUUAAUUUUCCGGGCGUAAUCCCGCCAUAUUUAUUUCAGCAUUGAUCCUGUUCUAAUGCCCAUUGCGACUCCCAUUCGGUCAUUCCAAUGUCGUCCUCCGCCGAGCCACCAGCCCCUCGCAUAUUGCGUCUAUCGAGGACUGAUGACCCGACUGCUUACGUGCUCAUCCACGUCUCCAGGUCGGGCUCAGAGCCACUGGACUUGAAAUUGGUCGCGACAGAAGGAGAGGCGCCGUAUGUCGGCUCAGUGAGACAGUCGCGUGUGAAGAGCCUCCGGGCGAAGAAUUACCAGGGUAGCGAUGACGAAUGGGUUCAGAUUCUGAGCUAUGUUCUCAGACAAUCCCCGCCCUCCGACCACGACGCUACCUGGACCACCGGCUUGGAGGUCACGGCUAGUAUUCGUGGAGAGGGCGACGAAGACAAGGAGCUGGUCAUUUUGAUCAGAAAGAGAAUCGACACCAUUACACAAAGACUAGGCUCUAUAUCCUUGAAACAAGACGAUGAACAAGCCAUCGAAUUGUUCGAAUGGACGGCUAUCACUGCAUCUGCUGCAGACACCCUUGAAACGCAGGUGGCCUCGUUGAGUGCUCGAUACCGCGCUGCAGAAGACACCAUCAGCAAAUUGAAUGCGCAGCUUGAAGAGCUGGUUCGGGCAAAGAGCGAGCAUGAGGAUCAAUUAAUCGCUAAAUGCGUCCAGCUGCUAAAUGAGAAGAAGCUCAAGAUUCGCAACCAACAGCGCCUGCUGGCGUCUUCCAAUGUGGACCCUGGUAAAGCCCAUGAGCUCGAAGCUGCUGUUUCCGACGGAUCCCGAAGAAGGAAAGCCGGUGCGAGUCGAGUUUCUAAAAGAAAAGUAGCAACCCCCGUCGACGCUGAUAGCGACGAAGACGGCUUCGAGAAGAUGGAAGUCGACACACCAAAAGGUCGACGCCCCCCAGCCGCAGCUCCUGAUGAGGAGGAAGAAGAAGAAGAAACAGAUUCCGACAGACCCUCAACGCCUCAACCGCUGGAAGACGAGGAAGAGACCGCAAGUGACGAUGACAUGGAGGACAAUGAGGCAAUUCCACCUCCAGCCGGCAAGGAGGCCAAAGUAGCAGAGGUGAAUGCAGUUGGUGGGAUACAAAGAAAUGCCGGACCACCUGCCCUGCAGAGCCGACAUACCCCUCCACCGCGAAGAGAGCUCCCUUUUAAACGAACCAGAGCGAGGGAUCAACGCCAAAGUCCCCCAGCAGAGAAGCCACCUCCAUCUCGUCCUUCUCCAGAAGAUGAUGAAGAGACAGAUGAUGAUGAGUUGUAGUUAGCUCAAAAGCGAAAGUCACUCCCCUCUAGUCAAAACCGUGGCUCUUUAUAGUAAUGUCAAGCUAUUCAAAACUUC